UUUUUUGUCGGGCGCAAGGCUCCUGCAGAGAAGAUGCGCGCUGCCGCCAUGGCUCUGACCGCGCUGAGUGUUUUCUUCAGCCUGGACUGCCUUUCAGCUCACCGAUCCAAACCAGACCAGGUCCAGGUCCAGAUCCAGGAGCAGAGUGACAGGAACACGCUGAAGGAUGCAGGGACAGAAGCGAAGAAGAAGAAGAAGAACCAGCCGCACAUCUUGUUCAUCCUCACAGACGACCAGGGCUUCAACGACAUCGGCUACCACAACCCGACCAUCAAGACCCCCACUCUGGACAAACUGGCGGCCGAAGGGGUAACGCUGGAGAACUAUUACGUUCAGCCCAUCUGCACGCCGUCACGCAGCCAGCUCAUCACCGGCAGGUAUCAGAUCCACACAGGACUACAACACUCCAUCAUCAGACCCAGGCAGCCGAGCUGUCUGCCCUCACACAUGGACACUCUGCCCGAGAGGCUGCGAGAGGCCGGCUACAGCACGCACAUGGUCGGCAAGUGGCACCUGGGCUUCUACAGGAAGGCCUGCCUCCCCACUAAAAAGGGUUUUGACAGUUUCUUCGGCUCUUUAACUGGAAGUGUGGAUUACUACAGUUACGGGUCAUGUGAUGGCCCGGGGCUGUGUGGGUACGAUCUCCAUGACGACGAGGGUGUGGCAUGGGGCCAGGAGGGGAAAUACUCCACCACGCUUUUCACGCAGAGAGCGCGCAAGAUCCUGGAGACGCACGACCCCACGGACAGACCGCUCUUCCUGCUGCUCUCCCUCCAGGCUGUUCACACUCCUCUGCAGACUCCAAAGUCUUACAUCUAUCCGUACCGCGACAUGACUAAUGUGGCCAGGAGAAAGUUCGCCGCCAUGGUGUCCACGGUGGACGAGGCGGUGCGGAACGUGACCUACGCCCUGAGAAAGUACGGAUACUACCGCAACAGUGUGAUCAUCUACUCCACGGACAACGGAGCCCAGCCGUUCACUGGAGGCAGCAACUGGCCGCUACGAGGCCGUAAGGGAACGUAUUGGGAAGGUGGAGUCCGCGGCGUGGCGUUUGUUCACAGCCCUCUGUUGAAACGAAGGAGACGGGUCUCUAAAGACCUGCUGCACAUCACAGACUGGUUCCCCACACUGGUGGGACUGGCCGGAGGAAACAUCAGCAAGAGCCCGGGCCUGGAUGGUUUUGAUGUGUGGCCCACCAUCAGUGAGGGGAAGGAGUCGCCUCGUCAGGAGAUCCUUCACAACAUCGACCCUCUGCACAAACCUGUGGUGCAGAAUAUGAAGUGGGACGCGAGCACGGAGGAGACGGCAGUCCCCAAAUCAAAAGGUCACGCUGUGAAGAAACCAAAGAAGAAGAAGAUCCUGAGGCAGAAACCGAAGCAGAAGUCCGCCUUCAAAGUGAAGAACGUCAAGAAACGAAGGAAGUCUUCUGAGCGUGCUGCCAAGUCGAAGAAUACCAAGCCCCCUCCCAAACUGAAGCUCAAGACCCUCCCAAAAUCAAAACAUAACCCUAAACCCACGACCAAGACGAAGGUCAAGGUCAAGGUCAAGGUGUACCCUCAGAACCAGAAACCGCAUUAUUACAAACCACACCUCAAGUCCCACUCCAGCGGUCCUCCAUCAGCCUCGGGAACGUCUCUCCCUGAUUCUCCGCCUCAGAUUAAACCACAUGUGAAGUCAAAAUCCAGGCGGACCACAUCCCAGAAUCUGUCAUGGUCCAGUUCCCCUACCCCAAAAUCUAAGACUAAACUCAAACUACAUUUAAAGUCCAAGUCCAGGAGGACGUUAUCCCAGUACCAGAACGCGUCCCAGCAAGACACCCUGCUGCCUAAAUCCCUCCCAACACCAAAGUUUAAGCUGCAGCCGCCCCAGCCCGUGUGGGACACUUCAGUCCAGGCUGCCAUCAGAGUCCGAGACUGGAAGCUGCUCACAGGAGACCCGGGUCACGGAGACUGGGUUCCCCCACAGGUACUCGCCACCCUCCCCGGUCCGUGGUGGCACCUGGAACGAGCCCAGACCACCUCCUUCAAAACCUCCACCCACAAAACCGUCUGGUUGUUCAACAUCACAGCCGACCCGUGCGAGCGGCGGGACCUAGCAGACCAGAGGCCGGACGUCGUCCAACAGCUGCUGGCCCGACUCGUCCACUACAACCGAACGGCCGUUCCGGUUUAUUUUCCGCCCGACGACCCGCGAGCCAACCCCGAGCUGCACGAGGGAGCCUGGGUACCGUGGGUGGACGAGGAGGAGGACGAGGAGGAGGACAAAUACCAGGGAGUUUAUAAAAAAGACCUGAAGAAGACGAAGAAGAAGAAGAAGUGCAAGCUGUGCAAGCUGCAGUCGUUCUUUCUGAAGCUGAACACUCGGAUGAUUUCCAAUCGGAUCUGAGCGGAUUGUCAGAGACGUCUGAAACGUUUGUGGUUUGUUCAACUCCGUCUUUAAUUCUUCCAACCAGUAGGAACCAUUUCAGCACAUUCAUGUUUUUUUUUCUAUUCAAAAAUUGAGUUACAUUUUGUUCCUACUUCUAAGACGAGUUGGAGGACCCCUCCCCCUUUUUCUUGUUUCCUUACAGCGAGGACUGAGAAACGCUGCAGAUCUUAGAGUCUGGUUCUGAUGGACUUACUUCGCUCUUCCUUCAGGAAUAAAUCCUCCUCGAACACAAGAGGAACCAGGAGAAGUGACAAAGGUGUAUGCUGGAAGGACGCAAAUCUCAAUUCAACUGAGAGAACUGAGAGAACCUUUAGUGCAAUACCAACAACUACCAUCCCUAAAAAAAACCUGCCUCACAACAGCUGCCUUGAAAAAUGGGGGGGAAGGUGGAAUAAAUGUGCACAGCUUAUCUCAAACGCACAGACAAGAGGAGGCAUCCUCCAUCUUGUUGUUGUUGUUGUUGUUGUUGUUUGUCUUCAGAGGAGAAACCAUCCAGCUUAUAUCACUUUGGAGUUUCCUAUUCACGCUGCACUUGCAAAAAAAAAAGAAGAAGAAAGUUUGUAGUUCUUCAGGAGCUCCAGGACUGUUUGGUCUGAAAACUCCUGAUGUCAUGUUGAUACAUACUUUAAUGUGUGCUCUCAUAUCUUCUCUUAUAUGAGGGAUCUUUUAUAGUGACGCUACCUGAACGGGCAGAAAGAUACAAAAAAAAAGGACUUUUAAAAGCUCCGUUAAAAAAAGAAAGAUAUUACUAAAAUAUUAUACUUUACUUUUAAAUUAUUUUCACACUUAACCCUCCAGUGAUAUGUGAUGUACACACAGAUACUGAUUGUGGAUAGAGGGUGUUGUUGAGAUUAGUGCCGGGAGAAUCAGUUUUCAUACUUCAUUGGAGUAUUAGGGCAACAUUAAGGGUGAAAAAAUCUGAGAUUUGGAGAUUAAAGUCAGACAUUUAAGAGAUUUAAAUUGUAAAUUUACGAGAUUAAAGUUGGUAUUUUAGUCUGUAGUUAUAUCAGUAGAGCAGUAAAAUGAAAAUGAGGAACACUGAGCAUCGUUUUUCUCGUAAAUGUUCGACUUGAAUCUAGAAAUUUUAGAGAAAAAAAUGAUUUUCCGUGGCUCUUAUACUUCGUCGUAGAAAACAGCAAGACUUAUAAACUUAAUAAACUUCAGCAGGUUAGCGGGAAACGUUGUGAUUUUAGUGAACUGAUCCCACCAUCAUAUGACUUAUUAUGGGAUUUUUAGGACUCUUCGCGUCCUCCUUUCUGACUUUGACUCCGUGUUGAACUUUUUAUCGGUCACUAAACGACAGAGCUCCUGAUACGAGCUCUGACUGUGUGCAGCAGUGAAAUGUAUUUUUGACUCUGUAAAUUAUUCCUGUUGUGUUUUUGUUUCUUUUAGUUUUGAGCAGAAGAUCUUUGUUUUCAUGAUCUCUGUGUGGAGUGAUGUGCUCAGGUUAGAAGUCUUUACAACAACGUCCAACAUUUACGUUUUGAAGCUUAAAGUUUCAAAGUGCAUGAACGUGAUGAUUCUUAAUGUUAUAUAACUUGUUGUUGUUUGUUUGAGUAUUUAAUAUUUUCACAUGUUAAGUUACACCUCGGAGUCAUCACAGCUAGUGUUGUAGUACUCCAGAUCGAUCUUAGUCUUAAGACUGGUACGAGACCACUUUCUAAAGGUCAUUUUUACUUGGCCUCAGACUGAGCAGACCCCAGAUUUUAAAUCAAGACCGGUCAAGACCACCACUGAUAGACUUCUUACUCACUUCAUCACAGUGAUAAGAAGGUAAACUUUCUUAAACUACAAAUAACUUUGAUUUUCAUCCCCUGGUUACGGCUACAACCUUCCUGGUCUACGUAAGUGACACCUCCCUGCACACAAGAUGAUGAUUUUCCAUUGAUAUUUAUGCUCUUGGUCUUGACUCGGUCUCGGAGCCCUCUGGUCUCGGUCUCGAUCCCUAAAUGUCUUGGUCUCGAUCCCUAAAUGUCUUGGUCUCGAUCCCUAAAUGUCUUGGUCUUGAUCCCUAAAUGUCUCGGUCUCGAUCCCUAAAUGUCUUGGUCUUGAUCCCUAAAUGUCUCGGUCUCGAUCCCUAAAUGUCUCGGUCUCGAUCCCUAAAUGUCUUGGUCUCGAUCCCUAAAUGUCUUGGUCUUGAUCCCUAAAUGUCUCGGUCUCGAUCCCUAAAUGUCUUGGUCUCGAUCCCUAAAUGUCUCAGUCUUGAUCUCUAAAUGUCUUGGUCUCGAUCCCUAAAUGUCUCAGUCUUGAUCUCUAAAUGUCUUGGUCUCGAUCCCUAAAUGUCUCAGUCUUGAUCCCUAAAUGUCUUGGUCUCGAUCCCUAAAUGUCUUGGUCUUGAUCCCUAAAUGUCUCGGUCUCGAUCCCUAAAUGUCUUGGUCUCGAUCCCUAAAUGUCUCAGUCUUGAUCUCUAAAUGUCUCAGUCUUGAUCUCUAAAUGUCUUGGUCUUGACUCGGUCUCGAUCCCUAAAUGUCUUGGUCUCGGUCUUGAUCCCUAAAUGUCUCGGUCUCGACCCCUAAAUGUCUCGGUCUUGAUCCCUAAAUGUCUCGGUCUUGAUCCCUAAAUGUCUCGGUCUUGAUCCCUAAAUGUCUUGGUCUUGUCUCGGCCUCGAUCCCUAAAUGUCUUGGUCUCAUUCCCUAAAUGUCUCGGUCUUGAUCCCUAAAUGUCUUGGUCCUGACUCGGUCUUGAUCCCUAAAUGUCUCGGUCUUGAUCCCUAAAUGUCUCGGUCUUGAUCCCUAAAUGUCUUGGUCUCGGUCUUGAUCCCUAAAUGUCUUGGUCUCGGUCUUGAUCCCUAAAUGUCUCGGUCCUGACUCGGUCUCGAUCCCUAAAUGUCUCGGUCUUGAUCCCUAAAUGUCUCGGUCUUGAUCCCUAAAUGUCUCGGUCUUGACUCGGUCUCGGAGCCCUCUGGUCUUGGUCUCAGUUAAGGUGGUCUUGACUCCAACACUAACCCGAGCUGUGAAGUUUCCUUGUGAUGUCGGUGUUCUGAGCCUUUGGCUGUUUGAAUGUAUCGCCUGUUGUAAGCACAUUAUGAGUUUGUGUUUUCAGUCCACUACAAGCAACUGUGACCAGCAGAAACUGAUUUUUAUGUCAUUUCACAUCUUUGUUCACCCUAUAUUGGACACAGUAGUUAUAUUCAGAUGUUUUUAGACAAAUUUAGUGACAGUUUCAAACAAAUGUUGUCUUUUAUGAGGAACACCUCGCAUUAACUAGGAUUCCUUUUUUGCUUUUUUGAAGCAGAUUUAUGGGCGAGGAGUUAUUUAAAAGACAUGGCUACGGUUAACAUUUGUUUUUAAAAGGUAAAGAAAUGCUCCUGUGACACCUGAAAUAAAUCCUACAAGCAGCUUUCUUCCUCUUAUCACAUCACGGACACUUUUUACAGAAUCUAAAGAACGAUAUUACACACUUAGAUUAUUGUUAUGAAUCUUAUCAGGAGGGCAGUACCUCAUCUUUAUUUCAAACUCAGAGAGGCUCACAUCUUCAGAAAAACAGAGAAGAGGAAGUACAAAAAAGUGUGACAGCAGAUGUUUCUGAGCAGCAUCACAAACCUCUUUGAAGUUAAGACGUCGGUGAGAGAAACACCUCGCCUCUAAAUAUUUCACUCUGUUUGCUCAACGUCCAACAAAACCAGGACUGUGGCUGCUGUGUGCGACACGGUGAGCGAGCAGCACGGCGAGAGAAAAAAAAAAAAGACGUUUUAAUGGACGCUUCAUUUUCUACCACCCUGAGCAAAUAAACAUUUAAAUAAGGAGAACUGUGUGCACUCUGUUCUUUGAUGGUUUACUGGAAAUAAAGAAACACUCGUCUCACCGAGGCAGACGUUCAUGGA